AUGGGGAAAGAGGAGAAGAAGCACGCGCGCGACAAACCACCCCGACCGCGCAACGCCUGGAUGCUUUUCCUCUGCGCGUAUCAUGAUGAGCGCAAGGCAAUGCGAGAGCCACCGCUCAUCGACCCAGAGACAGCCAAGCACACCAAGAUCGUGUCUGAACGCUGGAAGAAUCUCCCUAUGUCAGAGAAGGAGAAAUGGCACGCCAAGGCUGAGAAGGAGAAGGAAGAGCACGCUGCGCGAUAUCCUGGUUACAGGUAUCAGCCCUCAAAACACAAGAAACAACGCACAUUCUACGGAGGCUCCAAAGCACAUCGCAAGAUGCAAGGCUUAAUGCAGGCAGCUCAGGCGAAGAUUCAGCAGGACGUUGGCGGACGUUUAAUUUGGGUCGAUGUCGCCGAGAACGGCCAAUCUAUCGCUGGACAGGUUGAACUGUACGAUGUGCCACAGGACAACGGGCUGCCUUCUUCCAUCGUCGGCAUCCACCCCUAUGAUCAUGCUCUCGUAUCUGCAUCUCACAGUCCCGUCUUCCUUAGACCGGUUGCGCAGUACUCCGGGCCUCUCAGCGAGCGGGCCCAGUCACUCGGUCCUGAUAGCGACGAUGAUGAAAUGUAUGGUUCAGCACCACCGGACAGCGACUGGGAGAACGACUGCGCCGAUGAGGACGACGCGGAGCUCCAAACGCCUGACAGUGCUACAUACCCGAGGCGCGACUCUGGCUCGGAUCCCUUGCGGAUUGUCAUGACUGUACAGAAUGGACUGGGCACGCUAACGGAGGUUGACGCUGGCGUCCAGCCGUCGGAUCCUGGACGGCCGUUGAGCCCCCCUAUCCCUGUCAUGCAGCUCAUUCGAGAGUCUCGCAAGGCAGGGAAGCCCGUUGGAGCAUGGCAACGUCCUGUGGGCCGUAGAACGUUCUCAGUCAAGUCCGACGUUAUAUUCGUCUUCGUCGCCGCUGUCCGCGAGCUCUCCUCCCCAGUCCGAGAUUACAGGGUCGAGAUCUUCUGA